AGAUAUGAUGGAGCUCUGAGUCACUCGAGUGCAAGGAAAUCCGCUGGCCAAGGCGGUAUUGCUGGACAUUCGAUCCAAGUGCCAACUGUUCCAGGCGCUGGGAAAACUCUGUCUAGGAGUGGUCGAUCGCCUCGAGGCUCUACACGACGAGGUAGCGCAAUACCGGACAGACGACACGCUACGAGUAAAAUACAUUGAUAUAAUCUUGAUUCUCGUGAAGCGGAUUGUACGACGAAAACCGCUGCUGACAAGACUGGCGACAUUUCACUCUGCUGCACUAGUAAUUCGGAGGCUGCAUCAAGAUCUUGACGAUGUUGAAACGGUAUUGCGGGCAGGUAGCGAGGGGCAGGAGUGGGGGGACCAAUGGGAGAGCGAUCGUACGGAACAGUUCUCUAUUUUAGAGAAUUUGGUCCAAAAUGCGACGGAUCGACACUUGGUGAGAGAGAGCAAAAGUCACAAAAUGGUGCAACAAGUUCUGAUGAAACUGCACAAGGAGCUGGGUGGAUGUCCUUUUGAGACGCAUUGUCAGCUGAUGCGAGCGACAUUUGAUCGUGUCUGUGCAUUUGCUCGACUGGACGAUGUCCAGUUUCCAGAUUGGUACAUUUCUGCUGAUGAUUUGAUGUUUGAGGACGGGUCGGGAGUGUCUGGUACGUUUGGAGAAGUGCGUCAUGCUAUGUGGUUUCAUGCUGGAGAGCGUACGCGUGUGAUGGUGAAGCAGCUCUUCCAGAACUCAUCGGUGGAGACAGAUCAAGAUACAUUUGAACAAUGUCAACUUUGGGAGAAAUUAUCUGACAGUGACCAUAUUCUGAAGUUUCACGGUGGGUCACAUGCUAGCAAACCGCAGUAUUACGUAUGUGAAUAUGCUCGCUACGGUAACUUACGGGACUAUUUAACGGACGAGAAGCUCGAAACGGAGAUGUGGCCUUUGUUUCUGCAAGCUGCUGAGGGACUAAAAACUCUCCAUAGUCACGGAAUUGUUCAUGGAGCGUUGAAGUGUAGUAACAUUCUGGUAGAUGCAAGCCGUACUGCAAAAAUUGCGGACUUUGGGUUUACUUCGGCUCGGAUGUAUGCUGUGGAUCUGAAUAGUGAUGCUGCAGCUGCAAGUACCAGCGCAGUGCGUUGGAAACCCAAGGACUUGUUGGAGUAUUCCGAUAGCACAGGGCCGCAGUUUAAAGCCGACAGUUAUUCUCUGGGUAUGUGCAUGAUCGAAGCGCUAACUCAUCAAGCACCGUUUGGUAUGGUUGAUGAUACAGAGGUUGUUGAAAUGAUCCUGCGUGGUGAGAGUCACCCGCGUCCUGACGGCGUGUCGGACGCUGUGUGGGAUUUAGUUUCACAGCUGAGUGAACCUGAUACUGCAAAGCGACCAACACUAGAUAUGGCCAUUGCAUUGAUACGAGAACUUAUCGAAAGGCAGAGAAAAGAGAGGGUAGCUGAAGACAUUGCGUCAACGGCAGGCAUGAUUGCCACCAGCUCGACUGAAGAGACUGGCGCUGUGCCCGACGAGGUAGUGAAGAUGGAAGUGUUUGUGUCGUGGGAAACUGAUGGGAGUACCGUUGUCACGACGGUGAUCACGACGAUGCGUAAGGAGGUCUCAGACAGCGGUGAAGUGAUCACGGAGGUGACCUACACGGACGCGAAAGUGUGCAUUGAGACUACCGAGACGACUGAGACGACUGAGACGACUGAGACGACCGUGGUGACUGAGACGACGACCGAGGAGACGACUGUGGAGGAAAUCGAGACGACGGAAUUGAGUGGUGAAAUCGCCAGAGAUAUCACUGAGGAGGCUGCCGCCGCAUUGGCUACUGACACGGCUGCGAUGAGUAAUCUGUACACCCGCUACGCACACGAGAGCAUGACGUUCAGUGCCGAUAUCGACGCAGAUGUGCAGGAGAUCCACCGCGUGUGCUCCGGUGCAGCAGCCGAUGAAUCUGCUCUUGCGUCGCUGCUGCUGUCAAAGACUACGGAGCAACGUUAUCUGAUCUGGUGGCGCUAUCGUUUGCUGUACAAGCAGAGCUUGACAGAGUUGGUGAAGAGCAAAAGUGACUACGGUACUCUGUUGGAGAUGCUUGCAAGUCCUCUAGAACUCGUAGAAGCUGAGAUUCUACACACCGCAACAAGAGGUCUGGGUGUGAAGAAGGAGUGGAUCUACCCUGUUGUGAUGACUCGCUCGAAUUCCGACAUUGCGCUGCUGAAGAAAACUUUUAAGGAGAAAUACGACGUCGACCUAGUGGAGUUCCUGAGCAGCAAUCUGAGCGGCAGUUUGAGGAAGGUGGUUCUGACUGCAAUGCGCGGCGAGGUGAUUGACUUCAACUCGUCUAUUCAUACGAGUGAACAGGCGACUAUGGACGCGGACAGCCUGUACAAGGCUGGUGAAGGAAGGUGGGGCACGGACAAGAAAACGUUCAUCGACAUGUUGGUGUCGAGUCCUUUAGUGCACGUGCGCAACAUCAACAAAGCAUACAUGGAAAAGUACAAGGUUGAUCUCAUUCAUGUGAUCAAUACCAAGUUUCAUGGCGAUACGAAACGCGCGCUGCUGUUCCGUGUGCGCUCCAUACUGGAGCCGAUGGGUCUACUUGCGGAGUUGUUCGAGAUGGCAGUGAAAAGAUCUCGAAAGAACGCUUAUAGUCUAAGCGCUUGUGCUGUGCAGUAUUACCAUCUCCUAGGCCGUAUUUGCAGUGCGUACAGGCACCUGUAUCGUCAGGAUCUAUGUACUCGUAUCCGAAGUGAGGUCAGAAGCGAGUAUUGCCAACUGCUGUUAUCUGUGUUUGAGGCCGCUGGUGUAUCUACACCUAUAUCUGCUUGGCCAGGCGCUCCGAGUAUUGCUGCCAGCAGGGGUUCAGUGAUGCCGAUGAUAAGGGGAACUGUACUGUGCUCAAGCUGUGCUGCAGCAUCGGAUCCGUUUGAGGAAUGGUGUCGUUGCUGUGGCGAUUCGAUGCACAAACCCAAGGAGGAAGUUGAACGCAACCUACUCGCAAAGUAUCUGCGCAUGCCGAAGCGCAAGCCGAAGCGCAAGCCGAAGCGCAAGCCGACUGCUGGCACGACCGAGGAGGAGACGACGGAAGUGACGGAGGUGACGAAAGUGACCACCACCGAGACGGUCGAAGUGACCGAGGAAGUGGCGGCCACGACGGAGGAGACCACGGAUGUGACGGAAGUGACGAAAGUGUGUCCCAGAAGUGAAGCUUGGCGGAAAGUUUACGAAGUAGCGAUUGAUCUCCAGGAUCUCCACGACCAAAAUAUCAUCCAUGCUAAUUUGAAGCCAAGUAAUUUAAUCGUUGGCCGUGAUGGAAGAGGACACGUAUCAGAACUCGAAUCCUGCAAAAUGGUAGAGGAGAGAACUAGUUACAGCACCAAAUCUCGGAAAGAAGAGCUGCGAUGGCAGGCACCCGAGUGCUUAAAUGGUGGACAUGCGUCAUUGGCCUCUGAUGUUUACUCCCUCGGGAUGUGCAUCAUUUACGUUAUCAGUGGCAAGCCUCCAUGGGGCUCGUAUAUGUCGGACAGCGAGAUCAAACAUGAGGUUUGCAGCCAGCACAGAAUCGCUCCUCGACCCCACGAGUUCUCUGAUAACGAGUGGAAACUCGUGAAUGGCAUGUGUGAAUACGAUCCAAGAAAGAGAAUUACGAUUGGCGAUGCGGUUCAACAACUCUCUAAGUUGAUUCCAGCCGAGUUUGUCGAUAUUCCGGAGUGGAGGGUGCAAAGAUGUCUGGUUGUUUAUUCAGAUGACGUGUUUUCGGAGUCAAAUCUUGUAUCCCGACAUGCGGGUCGCUGGAAGGAUGCUGUUGUUGCUGUUGAAACGAUAAAACAAGCGAUUGAAACGCCUAAACACAACUUUGGAAGAGUGGCGGACUUAUGGUUUUCUCUGAAGCACCCAGCAAUCCUCCAAUUAUUUCGAGCGUGUGAUGAUUGUGACGACCAGUUUUUUGUUUGUGAAUACGCAGAGCUAGGUGAUUUCAACACGUAUCUCCGCAAAUCUGGUGAAAUUAGUGAAAAGGGUGCAAUACGGAAACAAAUCUGGACGAUUCUACUGGAUGUCGCGCUUGCUCUCAAGUAUUUACACAGCAUUGGAAUUGUUCACGGCGAUAGGAACCAGCAACUGACAGCGAAUACAACAUUCCUUCUUGUGUGA